AUGCCACAGAAGAUUUGGCAACGCACAUUCGAAGCCGGCCUCGGCCUGGAGAAGACGCUUGCUGCGACCCGGAGCCCCGGUCGCCCGGUCGCCGUUGAGAGUCCGCCGACCGACGUCGACCAUCUCCUGAAAGCCGAAGUCGGCGGCGACGGCUUCAUACUCACGUCAUUCACCGCUGAGGAUGCCUGGGAGCUGGGCCACCUGCUGCAUGCGCGACUGCUCCCGUUUACCCCUUCCCGUCCUGCUCUCAUCUCCAUCAGCCUCGCCAACGGCAGCGUAGUGUACCAGAGCGCUACGGGGCCCGGCAUCACGCCCGACAAUUCCGUGUGGGUGGCUCGCAAGCGUGCGACCGUGCUGCGCUUCGGAGUCAGCAGCUGGAUGAUGGGCCGCAAGUUUGAGGGCGACGAGGUGGCCUUUGCUGCCAAGUUUGGCCUGGGGCCAGACAAGUCGGGUGAGUAUGCUAUUCACGGCGGUGGUGUGCCCAUCAAAGUGCGCGGUGUUGAAGGCGUGGUUGCCGUCGUCGUCGUCAGCGGGUUGAAGCAGCAUGAAGAUCAUGGCGUAAUUGCAGAGGUCAUCCGGGAGAACUGGGCGCCCGUGGAGGGUUAG